GUGGACAUCAGCGCCGUGGUGGCCUACACCAUGGCCGCCAAGGAGGACGGCGAGCUCAACCUGAUGCGCAAGGCGGCCGCCAUCACCUCCGAGGUCUUCACCAAGUUCUUCAAGGAGCGCGUGAUGGAGAUCGUGGACGCCGACGAGAAAGUGCGGCACAGCAAAUUGGCCGAAUCGGUGGAGAAGGCCAUCGAGGAGAAGAAAUACCUGGCGGGGGCCGACCCCUCGGCGGUGGAGAUGUGCUACCCUCCGCUACCCUCCCAUCAUCCAGAGCGGCGGCAACUACAACCUCAAGUUCAGCGUCGUCAGCGACAAGAACCACAUGCACUUCGGGGCCAUCACGUGCGCCAUGGGCAUCCGGUACAAGUCCUACUGCUCCAACCUGGUGAGGACCUUGAUGGUGGAUCCUUCGCAGGAGAUGCAGGAGCACUACGCCUUCCUCCUCCAGCUCCAGGAGGAGAUGUUGAAGGAGAUGAGACACG